AUGGUCCACCGACCACGGUACGCAACGUGCUCGGCGGUACGGCCAACGGCAGCAGAGCAACGGUGCCAUAAACAAAGGAAGAUGGCCAAGGCUCUGGGCCACAUAUCCGUCGUAGCUUGUCGUCUCCCCCACGCAUCGAUUCGACCGUCGUCGUCUUCUUCCCAUUUGGCAACCCGCCUCUUCACCGCCUUCUUUCGCCUGCUGACGUCUGCCGCCUUCUGCCGCCUUCUGCCGCCUUCGAUUCCCCUCUUCUGCUACACGCCGCCAGCCGACGAGGACACGAUCCAUCCAUCCAGCCAGCCAGCGAGCGAGGCAGAUCCGACCGACAAACAUUGCAGAAUGUCAAUCGAGGAACGACUAGGGGCCUCCUGUCCCGGAAAAGGCAGCUUCUACGUCUGCCGCAACAAGCCGACCCGGUUCCUUGGCUGUUGCACCAUUGAUCCCUGCGCAACCAGAGACGGUGGCUGCCCAGCAAAGAACCUCGAGCCGGCCUCGUUCUCGGCGUCGGCCUACGAUAAGAUCCCCUCGCAGAGCUGCCUGAGCUUUGAAAAUGGAACGGACUGGUACACGUGCGCGGCCGCGACGCCGCCCUUUGUCGGCUGCUGCGCCAUCAACGCCUGUCUCACCAGCACGGGCUGCGAUACCGACUCGGUCCGGCCCGCGAGGUUGAGCGACACGCCCGCUAACGCAGCCGCCUUCCUAGCCGGUUCCCCUUCCGAUGCGCCCUCCUCGACCUCUCUCGUGUCCGCCACCCAAACCUCUGAAGCCGCCAAGCCCGCCGCCGCCGCCGCCGCCGAGGGGGGGCUUUCGAAAGGAGCCGUCGCCGGCAUCGCCAUCGCCAGCGUCGCCUGCACACUCCUCCUCUGCGCCCUCUUCCUCUUCAUCUCCUUCAGAAGACGGCGUCGCACAAGGAAGACGAGCGAAGGGCGUGCCCACGACGCCAAGGGUGGCGGCGAUGACGGCAGCAACGGCGCCGUCGGCUGUGUCUCGGACUCUCCUUGUCGCGACGUCGCACAGCCGUCACCCCUGAGCCGCGUCGACUUGAGCUCGCCGGGAACGCCUUCGUACGCCAACUACCAACAGAACGCCCCUCCAGGUCUCGCCAGCUGCCAGGGCACCCCGGCCGUCAUCUCUGCCUGUCCUGUCGUGGCGGAGCUGCCGGCGAUCGAGUCCCAUCGACCGCACGAGCCAUGGGUCAAGGGGAUGGAAUCGAGGCGGUAG